GAAGGAACACAAGAAGCGCAAAGAUGAACAAAGUGAGUCAAAAGAGACUGAUAGAGACAAGGAGGAUGGAGGAAAGGGUAGGAAGAGAAGAAGAGAAGAAAGAAGGAAGUACAAAGAUGAGAUGAGGGGCACAGAGGAGAAGAAUCCAUCAAAGAAUAAACCGAAGAAUAAAGAUGGCAAAGACUCGAAGCACAAGGACACAUGCAACAAACGAAGCCACAUGGAGCUUGAGGAGACAGUCACUGAAUUGAAGAAACGAUUGGAGGAGCAGGAAAAAAUUAUCAAUGACCAAAAAAAAAAUUAGAAGAAGCUGACUUGGUGGCUCAAUUAAAAUGUAAGUUCCUUACAUUCUUGCUUUUUUUUCUUCAAUAUCUUAUCUGUCCUUGUGCAAAGAUCUUGGAAGCUUUAUCUUUGCCUGCUUCUUGGCUCAAAAGCAUUUCAUUCCGCCUCACCAGUGGGCAUAAACCUGCAUGUUUAGUAUACGAUUCAUGCUCAUGGCUGAUACUUGUUUGUUCUGUUGCCUCAGUCUCAAAUGUGUGAUAUGCUUUGCACCCUUUUUCAUGCAUGUCUCUUCUCUCUCUUUCCUUAUUGCUAGCAAUGCUGUCUUCUGAGGCGCCGGCGCAAACUGUACUUAAAAAAUGUAAGCUGUCAAAGCUUGACACGCUCCCUGCGAACCUGGUUGAUGAGGAGGUGGUGAAGCCGGGCGAGGUGAAAGUUGGGAGCAACCGGUUCAUAAAAUUGUCAAUGAUCAAAGAAGUUGAAAAAAAUGUGGUAUACCUUACAGCAAGAAUCGAAACCCUGGCACAUGUCUUCUACUCAACAGACAUCCACAAAUACAGUGUCAAAACAACUGGGACCCAUGUUGUUGAAGAAAAUGAGCUGGCUUCGAUUCUACAAAUUCUACUCCAUAUGAAGUGGCAGUAUAGAUGUGAGGUGACAGCCAAGAAAAUCCGCACACGGAUAAUUAAGUUUUUGUCUGAAUGCCGCAUAAAGCAUGAGAAGAUGAAGCAAGAUAAGAAGUCAAAGAAGUUUUCAAAGAGAAGCAGCAGGAAGAGACCUAAGACAGACACAUCAGAAUCUGAUGAUGAAGUAAAAGCAAAGAAAUCGAAAACUACGGCAUCAGAAUCUGAUGAUGAGGGGGACGGAAGCAGAGGUAUGAAGAAGCCCUCUUCAGACUCAGACUCUUCAGAAUCAGAUGAUGAUGUGAUGACGAAGGAAAUUGGCAAGCAAACACAUGUUAAUAAAAGCAGCACCAGCGACAGUGAAUCUUCAGAAAGCGACACGAGUUCAUUAGAUGACACGAGCUCCUCCAAAGGGACUUCUACCCCAGCAUCCGAAGAUGAAGCUGAUGGCACUCCCUCACCAGAUGGCAGCGCUGACAGUGAUUAA